AUGGCUGAGGCAAAACAACACUCCCUCGAAGAGGCGGGCUUGGCUGUCGCACCCCCACAGGCAGACCGGGCAAGACUCGAAUCUAAGCAGAACGUCAACACCAGCGCGCACCGCAGAACGAGGAGUAGCGCCCGUCUUAGUGAAGGACCACGUCUCAGCCAUUUUGACGCUGAAGCCGUUGACCAGGCCCUCCUUCGCGAGUUUGCCCGCCCGCAACGACAGAGCACUCCCAGCGCGAGCCCUCAUCGUAAACGGCAACGGAUUCACGGAGACAGGUUUAUCCCAACACGCUCGGGCCAAGACUUGCCAGCAAGCUUCAACCUGCUUCAUGAUGAUGCAUCGCCUGCUACGCCUUCUAAGCAGAAGAAGCGUAUCCCGCAUGGCGAGUUGCAUUUCCAAAAAACUGAGGAAGCUAACCGCACAUACUCCUCCCUACUCCGGGCUGAGCUGUUUGAGGAUUCUGUCCCUCAAGCAACGCCGCCUAACAUGUCUCCAAACCAGUCCUUACCGCCAAUUCCACAGACAGACAUGAAUGAUGGGACCCGGUCGCGGACACCGCCAAACCAAGGCUCAAACAUUUCCCUCCCCUCCUCACUAACGCCAUCUACCCCACAUAAGAACCUCUUCUCUUACCUUCCAUCUCACCACUACAGCCAGGUGGCUGGCCACCCUACGCCAACAAAGACACCCCAGAGCCGGCAUGGCCCAAACCUGGAUACGCGGGCUGAAAUAUACAGCCUGUCACCUGUUCGCCUCAACAGCCAACAAAUGCUUCUGAGCCCCCGACGCCAACCAAGAGCUGUAAGCAAGGUCCCGUAUAAAGUUCUGGAUGCGCCUGAAUUAGCCGAUGAUUUUUAUCUGAACCUUGUGGACUGGGGGAGUGCCAAUGUAUUAGGUGUUGGUCUUGGAUCGAGCGUGUAUAUGUGGAAUGCUCAAACAAGCAAAGUUAAUAAGCUUUGUACUCUCGAGGAUGACACUGUUACGAGCGUGUCAUGGAUUCAGAAAGGUACGCAUCUUGCGAUCGGAACUGGAAAGGGCCUGGUUCAGAUUUGGGACGCCGAGAAGGCUCGUCGGUUGAGGACCAUGACUGGUCACACGGCAAGAGUUGGUUCCUUGGCCUGGAAUUCCCACAUCCUCACAUCUGGCUCACGCGAUAGAUUGAUAUAUCACCGUGAUGUCCGGGCUCCGGAUCAGUGGCUCAAGAAACUGGUUGGCCACAAGCAGGAGGUGUGCGGAUUACGGUGGAACUGUGAAGAUGGCCAGCUUGCGAGUGGUGGUAACGACAACAAGCUAAUGGUCUGGGACAAGCUCUCCGAGACUCCUCUGUGGAAGUUCUCGGAGCAUACAGCAGCUGUGAAGGCCAUCUCUUGGUCUCCUCAUCAGCGCGGUCUGCUCGCCUCCGGAGGCGGUACUGCAGACCGACGUAUCAUUUUCCACGAUACCGUGAAGGGCACGGUGAUCAACGAAAUUGACACUGGCAGCCAGGUCUGUAACCUGGCAUGGUCCAAAAACUCAAACGAGAUCGUCUCAACCCACGGUUACAGCCAGAACCAGAUCGUGGUGUGGAAAUACCCAUCCAUGACGCAAGUCGCGAGCUUAACCGGCCACACAUAUCGUGUGCUCUACCUGGCCAUGAGCCCUGACGGCAGAACCGUCGUGACAGGUGCCGGCGACGAGACCCUCAGAUUCUGGAACGUGUUCGGCCGUCGGCCUGGGGCCCGCGAGGACGGCGAGGCGGGAGGCAAGCUUGCCGACUGGAGCGUCAUCCGGUGA